AAUAUCAUGUAAAUUGUGUGCCUAUACUUAUAUUAAUUAUUAUAUAUAUAUUGUUGCAUAUAAUGUUACGUCAUGAACGAUGUGUAAAUGUAGUGAUCGUUUGGUAGGUAAAGUGGUUAUUAUAACUGGUUCAAAUACUGGUAUCGGAUUCGAAAUAGCGAAAGACAUGGCUGAAAGAGGAGCUCGUGUGAUCCUUGCUUGUAGAAAUGAAACAAGAGCAAUGGAAGCUAUUAACGAAAUCAGAAAUCAAACGCACAACGAAAAUAUCCAUUAUUCGCAUCUGGACCUUGCCUCUAUUUCUUCAGUCAAAAAAUUCGUAUCCAAAUUUAUUAAUGAGGAGGAGCGUCUGGACAUUCUAGUCAACAACGCUGGCGUGAUAACUAGAAGCGACGAAAAAACAGAAGAUGGAUUCUCAAUGAUGAUUCAAUCUAAUUAUCUUGGCCAUUUCCUUUUGACAGUUCUACUUCUCCCUUUACUGAUGUCAUCAGCCCCGAGUCGUAUUAUUAAUUUUUCGUCGGUGACCCAUAAAUUUGUAAAUAUUCACCCAGAUGAUUUGUGCACUGUGCCAAUAAGAAAAUCGUAUACAAAUAGUAUUUGGUAUUUUAAAACGAAGUUAUGCAUGGUCCUUAUGACAAAAGAACUCGCAAGGCGUUUGAAAGACACCGGUGUCACUGUAAAUUGUUUACACCCAGGAGCCGUUAAAACAAACAUGAUCAAUAAUAUAGAUAUAAAGUUUGUAAAAAUUAUUGUUAAUGCUGCGUUAUCCUGUUUUAAAACCCCAAGGGACGGAGCUGAAACUGCGAUUUAUUUAGCUGUGUCACCAGAGGUGGAAAAUCACAGUGGUGGCUAUUAUGUUGAUUGUAAAUUAGCGAACACUAGCCGCCGAGCCCGUAACCCUGAUUUGGCUCGACAAUUGUGGGAGGCUUCCGAAAGAUUAGUAGGUGUAGAAUGUAAAUACUACUAAAUAUAUAAUACUAGCAGGCUCGGCCAAGUGUUGCUGUGGCUAAGGUUUUUUUAAGGUUAUUAUAUCACAUAAUAGGAAACUAUUCAAGGGAAACGGUAGGAGAACUUAUGUGAAAGUUAGAUAGAUUAUGUGAAACGUUGGUACUUUUAACGCCAUCUGUUGGAGUUGUGUCAAAUUAUAAACAAAUAAUUUGCAAUAAAAUAAAAUUGCGACUAUAAUUAAAGAUCUAAGCUAUCCUAUCUCUUAAGUUGGUCAGACUGCUCACGGU